AUGGCGGACUCAGGCAAGGAUGCCAAGUUCUUCCAGCGAGGCAAAGUCGACGAGCUGCGCACCGAGCUCAAUGCCGACAAGAAGGACAAGGGCUGGGUGCGCAAAAAGGCGGUGCUCAAAAAAAUCAUUGCCAACGCCACCAUGGGCAACGACAUGUCUGCACUUUUCCCGGACGUAGUGCAGUGCAUGAACAUCCAGGUGCUCGAGAUCAAGAAGAUGGUGUACCUCUACCUCAUCAACUACGCACGUGCCAAACCGGAUCUCGUAUCCAACGCAGUGCCCGGGUUUCUUUCGGAUUGCAACGAUCGAAAUCCGCUCAUCCGCGCGCUCGCCAUCCGAACCAUGUCCUACAUCCACGUACCCACCGUGCUAGCAGCGUUGAUCGAUCCUUUGAGGCAUUCACUCAAAGAUGCAGAUCCAUACGUGCGCAAAACGGCGGCCAUCUGCGUCGCAAAGCUCUACAUGCACGACAAGCGAUUGAUGGAAAAGCAUUCCUUUAUUGGUAUGCUUCGUGACCUGCUCGCCGAUGCCAAUCCCACCGUUGUUGCCAACGCCGUCGCUGCGCUCGUCGAGAUCUCGGAAAGGUCGGACAACAUCCAGCUCAAGCUCAACCUCACCAUCGCUUCCAAACUCGUCUCCGCUUUGGCAGAGUGUUCCGAAUGGGGCCAGACGUACAUUCUCGAAGCACUCAUGUUCUUUGUCCCUUCGGACUUUGCCGAUGCCGAGAUAUUGGCCGAACGCAUCGCUGUUCGUCUGCAACACGCCAAUUCCGCGGUUGUGCUCACUGCCACUAAAGUCAUCCUUUAUCUGAUGAACUACAUUGCCAGUGCUGAGUUCAAGGAGUCGCUCUGUCGGAAGCUCUCUCCACCGCUCGUCACGUUGCUUUCUUCGGGGCCAGAGGUGCAGUACGUAGCGCUGCGAAACAUUUUGCUCGUGAUCCAGAGGAGACCUUUGGUUCUACAGAACGAAGUCAAAGUAUUUUUUUGCAAGUACAACGAUCCCAUCUACGUCAAGAUGGCCAAGCUCGAGAUCAUCUAUCGGCUUGCCAACGAGCGCAAUGUCGAGCAGGUGCUUGCCGAACUGCGCGAGUACGCUUCCGAGGUAGACGUCGAUUUUGCGCGGAAAGCGGUGCGCAGCAUCGGACGCUUGGCGAUCAAGAUCGAGUCUUCAGCGGACCGAUGCAUCCAGGCGCUGCUGACACUCAUCCAGACCAAGGUGAACUACGUGGUGCAAGAAGCGAUCGUGGUGAUCAAGGACAUCUUCCGAAAAUAUCCGAACCGGUACGAGAGCGUAAUCGGUACGUUGUGCGACAACCUGGAUAAUUUGGACGAGAGCGAAGCCAAGGCGGCGAUGAUCUGGAUCAUCGGGCAGUAUGCGGAUCGCAUCGAGAACUCGGAUGAGCUGUUGGAAGAUUUCUUGUAUACUUUUCUCGAAGAGCCAGUGGAUGUGCAGUUGGCGCUGUUGACGGCAACGGUCAAGCUGUUUCUCAAGCGGCCUACGGCGGGAGGCGAGUUGGUGCCGAAAGUGUUGAAGUGGGCUACAGAGGAGGUUGAGAAUCCGGAUUUGAGGGAUCGAGGAUUCAUGUAUUGGCGACUGCUCUCGACCGAUCCGGAAGCGGCGAGGGGGGUGGUGUUGGGUGCUAAACCGGCCAUUAGUACCGAGACGGAUCGGAUGGAUCGUCAAUUGCUCGACCAAUUGCUUCUGCACGGUGCCAGCUUGGCGAGCAUCUUUCAUCGGCAACCGCAGACGUUUAUCCGCAACGCCAAGGCGAGGUACAUUCCGGAUUCGUCUGCGCUCGAUGAGAGUGCACGUCGGUACGCUAGCGCUCAUCUUUACAGCAAGCCACUCGCUCGAGCACCUGUUCUCAACACAACGCUCGAGACCAAGCCCGACGAAAAACUGCCCCUCUACGACCAUGCUUCCACAUCCCGCGCGCUCGCUGAACGCGACAAAUCACAUGGCCCGGACCACGACCAUCUCCCAGACCACCAACCAAAUCAUUUGUCCUCGUCGAAAUCCUCGUACACCCCGCUCGGCGUCGACGACACCCAAGACGCUGACCCUUACGCUAUGCUCGCCGACAACUUCGGCUCCUCUUCCAAUACGACGUAUCUACCCGAUCCGCCAACACCCAAGCCGUCCUUCCUCGAUUAG